AACAACCACAGUCAACGGCGCGCAGAGCAAUCAGUUAUGAUGCACGCCGUCUACGUGAUGACAUGUCUCGUGACAUGUGACAUCAUACAUGGGCAGCGGUCAAGCGUGGAUAACUACGAGCGAAUAAGAGUAGAUCUAAUGAAUAGGUCAGUGGCUGUUCAGAAGUACCCCCCAGAGCUGGACAGUACCAAAGACGAUCCUUUUAGGUUGAGUUACAUUAUUAAUGUCAUUAACGUCAUGGAUGUUGAUCAGAUCAACCAGCUGAUGACGAUUUUGGCCUACGUUCAAAUAGAAUGGAACCAGACAGACCUUUCAUGGAACAAGACAGACUACAAUAACAUGGACGAGGUUUUGCUAGACGCCUCCUCCAUCUGGACGCCGACUAUGCACAUUUUGGUGGGUGGUAGAGAUUCCUACUUAUUUCAUCUCAACGACAACCUCGUGGUGCACUCCAGCGGCAAUGUUGUGGCUCACAUGCACAGCUACAUCACCUUCAGGUGCAACAUCGACUUUCUGAAGUAUCCUUUCGAUACGCAGACUUGCAGCUUUGGCUUCUUCAAAGAAAAACUUAUAACUUCUGAGGUGGCUACUCCGAGCUGUGAACUUUUGUCCUCCAGAAAUAACAACUUCGUGGUACCUGGCGAGUGGGAGAUGCUGAGCUACUACUGCGAAACUGUCCAGGAUUCGAACCAGGAGAUAUACCCUCGGUUCUCGAUCGUCGUCAGGCGAAGGAGGGUGUACUACGUCAUCACGAUUGUGUUCCCCAUGGUUCUGACGUCAGUGAUGAUCCCGCUGGUGUUUCUGAUCCCGACCAGGAGCGGAGAAAAGAUUUCUUACCUGGUGACCAUGUUCACAUCCACAGCGAUUUUUCUAAGCUAUGCCAGCACUGUGAUGCCCAGAAGUCUGACUGACCUACCAUACCUGAGUAUGCUGCUGGUAGAGGUUCUUACUGAAGGGCUGUUCGCGGUGCUGAUUACUCUCUGGGUUGUUAAUAAAUUUGAUGAUAUCCACUAUAGAGAUACUCAUAAAACAGUCACCACUAACAAAACGACACUUCCUGAUAAAAGCAACAAGGAAACAUGCCUGAACAAGACGCUGGACACCCAAAAAGCUGCUGCGUGUAUAAGUUUUGACCAACAAGUGGCGCAAUUGAAACGCCAGGAAAGGAUUAUGUUCCUUUUGUUUGCUAAUUUUCAAAUUAUUAUUCUGAUAUUUCUAUUUUUAGCUACAGAUUGGAUUCUGUAGACAGACAAACAGACAAGACAGACAGACAGACAGACAGACAGACAGACAGAUAGAUAGAUAGAUAGAUAGAUAGAUAGAUAGAUAGAUAAAUAGAUAGAUAGAUAGAUAGAUAGAUAAAUAGAUAGAUAGUUAAAUAGAUAGAUAGAUAGAUAGAUUGAUAGAUAGAUAGAUAGAUAGAUAGAUAGAUAGAUAGAUAGAUAGAUAGAUAGAUAGAUAGAUAGAUAGAUAGAUAGAUAGAUAGAUAGAUAGAUAGAAAAACAAAGUCUGACAGAUAUAUAUAGACAGACAGAAAAACAGACAGAAAGACAGACAGAAAGCGAGACAGUCAUAUAUAUAUAUAUAUAUAUAUAUACACACACACACACACAUAUAUAUAUAUAUAUAUAUAUAUAGAUAGAUAGAUAGAUAGAUAGAUAGAUAGAUAGAUAGAUAGAUAGAUAGAUAGAUAGAUAGAUAGAUAGACAGACAGACAGACAGAUAGAUA